GAGACCGACGCCUACUGUGUAUUCCUCCCCACGCCCGUCGCCGUCUUUCUCGUCUUUCUCCCCCUCUUUCGGAUUCAGUUCAACUCCCUGGGUGGGUCGAAUAUUCAAAAUGGCCAAGGAUAGGACCGAGAAGAAGGACAAGCGCGAAAAGAAGGAGAAGCGCGCGGAGAAGGACGGUGUCUCCAAGAGCAGCAAGAAGGACAAGAAGGAGAAGAAGGACAAGGUCGCUCUCGCCGACGCCGUCGAGAAGGAACUUACCACCAAGGUUUUGGAAGGCAUUGACCAGGCCGUUUCCGCCGAGGCUCCUGCUAAUGGCGUUGAGACCGAGCUCAUGGAAAUUGACGCCCGCCCCGUUGGCGCAAUUGUUCCUUUUGCCAGCCCUCUGGUCGAAGACAAGGCUGCCAAGAAGGCCUUGAAGAGCGUCAAGAAGGCUGCUGUGAACAAGUGUUUGAAGCGUGGUGUGAAGGAAGUCGUCAAGGCUCUCCGCAAGUCGCCCAUUCCCGCCGCCAAUGCCACCAUCGGUGUCCCCAACGGUGUUGUCAUCCUCGCUGCGGAUAUCUCGCCCAUGGACGUUAUCUCACAUAUCCCCGUCCUGUGCGAGGACCACGGUAUCCCAUACAUCUUCGUCACAUCCCGAGCCGAGCUCGGCAACUCCGCCGCCACGAAACGCCCCACCAGUGUCGUGAUGGUCGUGCCCAAGUCGGCAUCGAAGGGCAAGAAGAAGGAUAGCGAGGACGACGGAGAGGACUUCACCGAGGUGUUCGAGGAAUUGGCCAAGCUCGCCCAGAAGGAGGCCAAGAAGGUGAACCUGUGAAGUUUCAGCUGGACUUCUGAAUCCACCCUUCCUUCGUUCUGUUAUGUCUUAAUUAUAUUUCAAUGUCUUGUCGCUUUGCUGCUAUGGCUGUACAGUUCCACUUUGUUGCCUGACAAGGCAUGCAUGUCUUCGGGGUCUGGCCUUUGGGACGUGUUCAUUGGGUUGACUUUUAUGAUGUGUCCGUUGCAAAUCUGGCGUUCUCAAAUGGUGUAUGAAAAAGGCAGGAAGUAUCCAAUAAAAUCCAAAAAUCUUGACCAGAG